AUGGCCCAGAGCGUGGUCUACGCCGACUUGAAGUUUGCCACAGCCCCGCCGGUCCCGGCCCCCACCUGCCCCGCAGCCCCCGAUGAGGACGACAGCCCCUAUGAGAACGUGCCGCUGGGGAUGGUGACGGCAGCGCCCAGCCCAGGGCGCUGGCACCGGCGUUGGCGCAUCCCUGCACGGCUGCUGGCAGCCAGCCUGCUGCUGCUGCUGCUGCUGGUGGCCACCGUGGCCCUGGGGGCUUGCUACUGGCAGGUCACCCGCAGCCUGCAGGAUGCCUCCCGUGAGCACGCGGCCGAGCAGGGCCGCCUCUCGCAGGAGGUGAGCGCACGGGAGCAGAGCCUGGAGCAGACGCGGCUGGAGCUGGCGUGGGCCAGAGCGGAGCUGCAGCGAGCCUGGCGGGAGGGCAACAGCAGCCAGCUGGAGCUGGGGAGCGCCAGGCAGGAGCUGGCUGUGCUGGAGCAGGAGGUGCAGGAGGUGCGGGGGGAGCUCAGGGCCAGCGAGAGCUCCGUCAGCAGCCUGCGCGCCUGCGUGAAUACAGAUUGCUGCCCCUCGGGCUGGGUGCUCUACAGGAGCAGGUGCCUCUUCAUCUCGGUGGAGAAGAAGACCUGGUGGGAGAGCUAUUACGACUGCAUGACGAAAUCCGCUCGGCUGCUGGUGCAAGGCGACUGGCUGUCGUGGACGGUGCCGGUACAGAGCAGGGGGGGCUGCGGCACCGCAGGAGGGUGGGCGCGAUGGUGGGGCUGGGCAGAGCCCCGUGGGGCCAGCAGCAGCGGCAUCUGCAGAGGUGCUGGGGUGGCACUGCGAGCCCUGGGUGCCCGCCCCGGUGGGCUGCGGGGAGGAGCACGGCCGGCCCCGGGGCUCCCGGGUACCAGGUGGGCACUGGGCAUGGGGCGGGCAGUCAUGUUCCCACUCUGUGCAAGAACAUCCUAUGGAAAGGUAAGCAACUCCUACUGCUUUGAUGAUUUUCCAUGGAUCUGUGAGAAGCCCCCAAAUCUGAGCAGCCCAUCAGAGACCGUCUUUCCUCUCCUGGCCAAGGGGUGAACUCUGAGACUCCCUUUCCGUCACAGGACUGAGGGGCAGGAGCUGGAGCUGGGAGUGCACAGCAAAGACACUCUUUCCUUCCUGCACAGCCACAUCCCUGCGCACCAUUGCCUCAACUGCAUUGCAGAGCUCUGGGGAUACAGGUUGGGAAAGAAGGUGUCUCCAUUUCAAAACAAGACUUAUGGAAAAGAGACCAUAUUUCUGUGUUCCACACUCAUGCCCAAACUUACAUCCCCAGCCCCUGCCCUUCAGUCCCAGCUCCUGUGACCCAGGGAGG